CUAUAUAAUAUACUAUACAUGUUUGGGACAAUAGAAGAAAAUAAAAUAAAAAUUGAGAAAAGAGAUUAGCAUGUAAGUCUAAAUAUAAUACUUGGUUUCAUGCCAAAGUAGAGAAAAUUUCAAGCUCAUAUUAAGAUACAACACAGAUAUGGAGGUUUCUGUGGAACUUGAAGAUGAUGCAUAUUUUGCAGACUUAAGCAAGCAAAUUUCUCUCUUAAUUAUGGAUGAAGAUGAAGACCCUCUUACAUCUUGUCAUCCACACUCUCUUCAGUGUUUGAAUGGAGCAAUGAAUCCUCCAGCAGAGAAAAAUAUCCUUGUAUACGAGCAGCAGCAGCAGCAUGUGUGUUUUAGAAGUGAAAUUAGCAAAGGGACAGGUGUGUUUAUCCCUCAGUCAACACAGCCAAGAAGGAAGAGAAGGAAAGGAAGAUCUUCUUCACAUCAAAAGCACUCUCAACAUUCUAAUUUCAAACCAAUUAAUAAUAAUGGCUGACAAGGAUAUGCAUAUAUAGUUCUUUCUGCAUAAUUUUCUAGUUACUUUGUCAAAUAUGGAUAUAUAAUUCUAUAUUUGGUUUAUUGCAACGAAUUUUAUGUACAUAAUGGAAUAUUGCCAUGUUAAUUUACGUGUUUAAUAUUAGUCUUAGAGCUAGCUAGGGUCCCUAUAUUAAUUGUAAGGGAAAGCAUGAAUGGUUGUUAUCUGAUUUGUUUUCUCCUUUUGUAAUAUAUAAAUAAUUAUAUUUCCACUUAAUUUGUACAACUAUGUGUUUGAUAA